CCUUCUCGAAACCGGUUCUGGAGCGACUAUACUCGAGCAUCAUGUGCUGACAAUGAAGCAAUCUGAUCCUCACUCCGUCCUUCAUUCCGACGAUGGUUCAUCUCGUCUCCCCGCACGCGCCGAAGACACCCCCUCGUCUAUCGGUGGACUAACACCCGCAUCCAGUGAGCAUGGAUCCAGAGAUGGAGAUACAGUUAGAAAUGCCAUCGGUCGAGGGCAGGACCUUAAGAAGCUUCAGACCAAUAUCCGUGAGGAAAGAGAAGGGGAUACCCCGUCGUCGGGAUCUGCUGGAUCAGCGACCUCUGGGAUUUUGGAGCGCAAUGAACAACGCUUCCGCGAUGAACGGGAUGAAGAAGAUGAUCUGAUAGCCACGUACUCCAGAUCUUACACGGCCGAGGAAGAGAGGCGUGUAGUGAGAAAAUUUGAUAGGCGGUUGACUUUGCUCAUGGCAUUUCUCUACAUGCUCUCCUUUUUGGAUCGCUCCAAUAUUGGAAAUGCCAAAAUUGCUGGGCUGAUGGACGACUUGAACCUUUCGUCCUCGCAAUACGAAUGGGUCCUCACGGCAUUCUACAUAACAUACAUUUUGUUUGAAUGGAUGACCUUAAUGUAUAAACUCGUUCCGGCACAUAUCUACAUACCUCUGUGUGUUCUGGGAUGGGGCUUGAUUGCAUCGUUUCAGUCCCUUGUCACAUCCUUUUGGGCUCUGGUGCUUCUUCGAGCCCUGCUGGGUAUUUUCGAAGCAGGAUUCGGCCCCGGUCUGCCUUUCUAUUUGUCCUUCUUCUAUAAACGGGAGGAAUUGGCGUUCCGUACGGGAAUGUUUCUCUGUGCUGCCCCCCUGGCUACCUCAUUUGCUGGUAGUCUCGCCUGGUUCAUCGUCUGGUUAAACAAAGAUGGCCCUCUUGCUCCAUGGCGAGCGUUAUUUCUCUAUGAGGGCUUUCCAAGCGUGGUGGUGGCGUCCGUUGUCUGGGCGUAUAUUCCAGAUCGGCCCAACAAAGCUAAGUAUCUAACACCGCGCGAAAGGAAGAUUGCAAAAUGGCGUCUCCGCGAAGAGCAAGGUAAGAGCCGAAAUCAUGAUAUUCGUGCUCGUAAAUUCGAUUGGCGUGAAGUGGCUCGCACGUUAUGCGAUCCGAAAGCGUAUCUUACUGCCCUUAUGUUUUUCAGCUGCAAUGUCGCCUUCAGUUCCCUACCGGUAUUCCUACCGACCAUAUUAAACGAUAUGGGAUACUCCAGAUUGACUUCCCAGGCUCUUUCCGCUCCACCGUACCUAUUCGCAUUCAUAGUUGUCCUUGUAACCGCCUCCGCAUCCGACCGCAAUCGUAGCCGGAGCCCUUACAUAAUCCUCCAUGCGCUGCUCUCCUCGUUGGCAUAUCUUAUCAUUGCUCUAACGGGGGUCUUCCACUCAUAUCUCCCCGAAUCCAUCCACAUUCUCAUUCGAUACGUGUGCAUCUACCCAGCCGCAGCGGGUUUCUUCUCCGCCAUCACUCUCAUAAUCACUUGGACCAUGGACAAUCAGCGCGCCAAAGAAGGUAAGGGAACCGGAAUGGCAAUUCUGAACGUUAUCGGCCAAUGUGGACCGUUGGUGGGAACAAGAUUAUAUCCUGCACGCGAUGGUCCGUGGUACAUAAGAGGAAUGGCGCUGUGCUCUAUGUUCAUGGUUUUUGUGGCUAUAUUGGCGUUUGCUCUGCGGGUUCUGCUGCAGAGGGAGAACGCGAGAUCGGUGAAAAGGACGAUAAACCGGGAUGGAGAAGAAGAGAUUUCUGCGACUGGAGAGACGGAAGGGCUGAUGGCUUCCAACACGUCCUCGGCUGCUUUGGAGGCCGGAGUGGAAAAGACGGGAGAUGGGAAGUUUGUCUACAUUAUUUGAGGAGGUUUGGAGAAGAUCCCUUUUUCCGUUAUCUCUUGGGUUGCUUUGGAUAUAAUACCCCCUCAUGUCGUAGCGUGAUAUUCUGUUCCCAUGUUGACCUUCCAUAUUCAUAUUGUCUACUCCGUUGAUGGCGUUUGAUGUGUGCAUCCAUGCUAGAAGGCAAGAGUUACCUUUAUAGAAAACAGAGAAUU